AUGGCUUCUGAAUCUUUUAUCUGCGAUUGGUCAAGGUGCUCCAGUAAGCACAAGAAAACACAUUCAAAACCGUACAAAUGCGAGACGUGCCACGUCAGUUUUGGUCUUAACUCAGAUCUCCAGCGGCACAUCAAAGCUCGCCAUCGCGCUGGCCAACCGCUACACCGUUGUCAUUAUCCGAAGUGUGAUUUCUCUACGAUCCGUAAAGACAAUCUUAACAAACAUAUUCGGAAGAAGAGUCACCAAUAUUCUGUUGAACAGCAAAAAGACAUGGUAACAGAGGCCGAAAAGGAGAUCCCAUCGACUUCCGGAUCAGCUCUUGCUGCGGCCGACAAAGGUGUUGUAGGGGGUUUCAACACUUCCAUACUCUUACAGGCGGCUGCCUCCGGCAACAUCGAACUAGUAGAAACUUGCUUACAAGUUGGUGUUCCAAUCGAAUCAAGAGCUGACGAUGGCUCAACACCACUUCACUGUGCUGCAAGGGCUGGCCAGGUUGAUGCGAUGGCUCUUUUGAUUCAAGAGGGGGCUGACAUAACAACUCGGAACUUAUCAGGCAUGACACCAGUAGCUCAAGCAAUAAGAAGUCACAACCUCGACGCAUUGAAAGUCUUCUAUGACGACAAGGUAUGGGAACGAGUUUUUCACACUAAUGCAAUCGAGUCUGAACACAAGAAGCUUCUCGUAAAAUAUGGCACGAGCGAGAUGUUCCAAGCGCAUCUGAAUCAGUUUGGACGCAGUUAUGACGGUGUCUCUCAAGAGGCACUCUUUUUAGCUAUACAUCACGGGAAUGUGUCCCUAGCUAUCGGGCUUUUGGACUAUCCAAAUAUCGACGUCAACAAAGAAUAUGGUCAAAAUAGGCGGCGACCAAUUGAUAUUGCAACACAGUACAAUCGACUUGAGAUAAUGAGACAUCUAAUCAAGAUCCCAUCUAUCGAUCUGUUGAGCAGGACUCGGCGAGAAGACACAGUCUUACACAUUGCAGCAAGAGAGGGUCACCUGAAGAUGGUCAAGCUAUUGCUAGGUCAAGAGAAAAGUUUUAUCAACGCAAGGACACUCAAAAAUGAGUCGCCUUUACAUCUCGCGUCUUUUCAGAGGCACACGAAAGUCGUUGAGUAUCUUCUCUCAGUACCAGGAAUCGACACCGACGGCAAAGACUCUGCGGGAUCCACAGCUUUGCAGCUUGCUGCUUUUAAGGGAAGGUGGGAAACGGUCCACCUAUUGCUUGAACAUCAGAACGCGCGUUUUCUUCAAGGUUUCUCGACGAAUCUCCUGGGCACUUGCGAGCCAUUUGUUAGGACAGAAGUCGUUCGAAGGUUGUUAAAACACAAGGACUUCAAAGAUCCAAACAUAGGAGAACCCUGGGGUCCACGUAGUAGAUCACUUCUGCAUUUGGCAGCUGCAAGAGUAGAUUGCGAGCUUAUAGAGAUUCUGCUGGAGCACAAGGAUAUCAAUGUGAAUGCAUUGACGGCUUGUAAAAGAACGCCUUUGUAUCAGGCCGCGGAAUGUGGCCAAGUUGAAGCUGUGAAGCUUCUCCUCCAACAUCCGGAUAUCCAGUUAGAUAUGAAAGACUGGCAUGGAAGAACCUCACUGCGUAUCGCAAAAGUCCGUAAAUACGACGAAAUAGUCGACCUCCUCAUCUCCUACGGUGCCAAAGACGACGAAGCCAACACUCUCUCGACCAUCACCCAACCCACCACCGCUUCAAACGCAGCAAACACCAUUACUCCACAGACCACCUCUUCCCAACCAAACAACGAAUUCAUUCUGACCCCUCGAACGACCCUACUCAUGGGGAUAUGA